GUCAAACUUUUAGAACAUUGGCCAUACAUUCCCCAUGGCCACAUCAACUUCCAUACGGCCAGUAGCCAGACGGUUACUCAAAGCCAAUAUCGCACAAAAUGCACCACCAACUUUCCUCCUCCCAUCACUUCUGGCGCCCGUCCAGCAAAGCUCUCCCUUCUCCAGCACCUCUACCUCUCUGUACCCUCGCGACAUGAACCGCCAACGAGGUGUAUCUACACGAAGACGUACCGGUCUUCGUCAACCUCUGUCCGUUUCCAAGACGCCGCUUCCGAAACCAGUGCUUGACCCUGCAAAGCGACCCGAGGUGGAUGUGGACGUGCAUCACGGAUUAUGGGACUUCUUUUACAACAAGAAAAAACCGUUCGCCACUCCUUUGGAACUUACGCAACAUGGAAGGGGUUGGACGGUAGAGGAGUUGAGACAUAAGAGCUUCGAGGAUUUACAUGCGUUAUGGUGGGUGUGCUGUAAGGAGAGGAACAGGAUUGCCACGGAUAAAUAUGAACGAAAUCGCGUGAAGGCGGGCUCUGGAGAUUUGGAGUCUGGGGCGAGAGAUUUCAAUGUGAGUCUCUCAUAGUUGGACGGGGGAUGUGUUGCUGCACAGCGGGAUUGUUGGCUAAUGCAUUUUGGUUCAAUUUAGGUACGGAGAACGAUGCGAGGCAUCAAGCACACCUUGACGGAGAGAUACUACGCCUACCGAGAGGCCGAUGUGCUUAUGUACGAAGAUGAAGAAAUCGAUGUGACUGGACAAGGACCGCCGUAUAUUCCCAAAGAGGCCGUUCUCGAGGACGAAGUGCCGGAAGAGGUGGAGGCGGCACCUGCCGCUGAAUCGGCAGACAAAACAGAUAUUCCACCGCCGGCAGCUACGGAGAAGGGCUCGGUGGUUGAGAAGCCUUUGUGAAUGACGGUACUGGCUUGUUGAACGGCCAGGGGGAGCGUAUUUGGAUGAGCCAGGAGGGUGUAUAUCAUGAGAUGUGUUAGAGAACUCGCAGAUCCGGUUUGACUGAAA